ACCAAUAACCAGCUUGUCUUUCUCUUCUCUUGCAGAACACGGAUUUGAAGAUUGCAUCCUCACAUUUUUAAUCUGAUGUAGAAGAGGAUUAUCUCAAGGUCUCCUCCAUCUUGUGCACAGCCGGGGGCUGCUGAAACAAAGGAGGGAAAGUAGAGGAGGCUGUGGAGGAGAGAAGAGAAGGAUUUCAGGCAACGAGCUGAAUGCUGUGGAUUUAAAGACAGAGCGGGAGGGAGAGGUCACCUGUGGAAGAGAGGAGGAGGAGGUUGAUGAAGGCUUCUAAGGAGCUGCAUCCAUCACUCCACUCAUCUGCAAGGGAGAUGAAAGAGGGGAGGACUGCGCAUCAGCAGCAAGUAGAUUACUGUGAAAGGUCUUUGAUGGCAGAGGCCGGGCAUCCUGUGAUGGAGCACCAACAAGGGGGAAGUUUUUCCAUGGAAUCAUCUCUCUCUGGUCAGACCCUCUUUGAUGCCUCCUCACAGUCAAUAAAACCCUCCAAAAUAGCUGGACAGGCAGGCCAUGUCUGCCCGGAGGAGCCAGAGGAGUCUUUUAGUAAGAUCAGUCCAGCAACUCCUGCGAUCAGAGAAAGUAACUGCAGCAGCGUGAAGGUCAGCAGAGAGCCUGGUGAACAGGAACAAAACCCUUCCAAACACUGUGUCCCCCCCUUGGAUUCAGCAUUUCCUCCUAAUGUGGCUAACAAAUAUACACCCUCAUUUCACCACAAGAUAAUAGGGAAUACAACUGAUGACCCCCCUCCGGCCAACAGGACUCUACAGAGUAUAAAGCCAGCCUCUUUGCCUGUUCACAGGAGUCACUUGGAUACUUUCCCUCUGGUUAAAGUUGCAGUACCUCCCCAGGUACCAGAUAGUGGCAUUUUUGAACUUGUUUACCAUGGAGCAGAUAAGAGUAUCCCAGAAGUUGAGAGUCUACGCACAUUAGCCUGCAAGCAACCCAUGCAGCUGCAACAUUGCAACAUUGUCACCACUCUUUGCCGAGGGACCAGUAGUGGAGAGAGUGGUGUUCAGCAGCCUCAGAGCAAGUGUGUAUGUGUCUUAUCCACUAAUGCAGAAGUCAACAUGGAGGUCAACAAAGAAAAGUGCCACCUUCUUCCCAAAUGUGACAAGGAACUCUGUUAUGGCUCCUACAUCCAUCAUGCCAAUUUUGAAGACAAAUUUGCUGUCUACUGCCAUCCCAAGUCCAUCCAAGCCCCCUCCCAGCUGCUGCCACACUUGACAGGCAUAGAACCAAGCAGUGACAUGCAGCGAGCCACAGCACCUCCUUCAGUGACAACCCACCUCGGCCUGCCUCGCCUCAUGUCCUCUGUCAGUGAGACAGGCCUGGAUGCCAAACAUCUGCUGCGAUGCUGCGACUUCAACUGUUGUUGGAUCGGCUCAUUGCCUCCUGAUGCUAGGCCACCAUGCCAAAAACACUUCAGGGGAGAGGAUUGCUGCAGCAGUCCCAUUGGCCAUAUGAGAACCAUGACCCGGGACAUUGGGACACUGACAAACCCUAGAGAGCUGAGGGAUGUUGGGGUGCAGACAGGACAACCUGACACACCUCAUGUGUUCCCCCACAUCUGUUUGGCAGAGGAAAGCAGAAGUGAGACCUCCUGCAGCAACACUCCAUCACUGACAAACACUGACAGUGAUGCAGGCAAGAAAACAGAUGGUAGUCCUAAGUCCCCAGUGAAGGAGGUGAAGUGGGAUGCAGAGGGGAUGACAUGGGAGGUGUAUGGAGCCUCGGUUGACCCUGAGGAGCUGGGUAUAGCCAUCCAGAGACACCUGGAGCUGCAGAUCAAGGAGACAGCGAGUCGGGCUGCCAAGCUGUCACGCCAGAAUACAAACACCUUCCGGCAGAGUGGGACCACCAGCUGUCAGAGAAAGAGGAGCAGAAUGAUAGGCUCCAUUCGAACCUGCUUUACUCGCACCACUACAGCUAUUGACUGACUCACUAGCGUAGUGACUUAUGGGACAGUACCUGAACACUGUGUCUAGUGGCCUGCAUGGCUACUCAUAGCCUCAGCCUCAAAUGUCACUCAUCUGAUCUAAAGGUGUAUGGAAGAUGGAUCUGCUUACAAGAUCAUACAAGAUCACUGAUGCAGGUCCACAUUUAAUGGUGUCUGGUAAUUUUGUUAUUAUUGUAUUCACUGAAAUCAGAAGACAGGGUUCUGAAAAGGGAACUAAUGAAACAAUAAUGAGCCGUCAUUUGAUUCGAUUUUUCAGAUGUGCACUACCAGUUUUUUCAGAGGGUCUCUCCUUGCAAGUAGGUGUAUAAGACCAAUUACCUCCAGGGGAUUGGUACCAGAAAAACACCUGUACAGUGCAAAGCAGUCUUAUACAACAGUCCUGCAUUAAACACGACAAAUAUUAUUAGGAAUAUAUGGGUUGGGAAAUGAUAUGUUUUACAGUGAUACAAUUCAGGAUAUAGGUUUUGGUAUACCUCCCCCUGCUGACUGGGGCUCCCCACGGUGGUUUGAUUCUUGAGUGACAGGCAGUGACACAUCAGUAGACAUCUGGCAAGAGGAGCCAUUGACAAUUUCUUAGCUUAAUUUAACACUAAUCCCUCAUAGCCCAGUCUACAACCUCACAAGCUCAGAAAAUGAUAAUAAAAGAAAAGUUAAAAAGUAAAAAUAAGGGAUAAAUUAAUCUGUGACUUAUUGAGUAAAUGAUGAACAAAUUUAAGUAAUUACAUAUGAUUGUAUUUCACAAGCAUGAUUUAAACUUUCUUGGCUUGGAACAGCAAUGCAAUGAUUUUCAUUAUCAGUUUUUGUUUUGGUUGUGAAAAGAGACAGUAUUUUCUUCUUUUCUGUAUGAGCAUACAGGGGCAUCGUCAAACUAAAGCUAUUGUUUUUUUUAAUUUUUUUUUUAUAUACAACACAGAAAGCCUAACAACACUUGGACAUUUUAACGGUUUUAUGUGUAACAUUCAGAAAACAAUAAAUCAAAACAAAACAAUCACACUGCUCGCGCUCUCACUGAGAGUUUGAUUAGUUUUUUAGUGAAGUACAUCAGAAAACUUCAAACAACUUAAGGUUUUGGAGGAAGAUUUCUCCUUCAAAAGAAUUAAAAUUUAAUAUUUUGACAUUUCGAAUAAGACAUGUCAAUGUAUUAAAAUAGUAAUUCAGAUAAAAUACUGAGCUGCAUAGCUAGUCGCCAGCCACUUUAAGUUUAAGGGUUUGUACGUUUCUGUUUGCACUGACACUCGCAUUGGUCUUUUUAGAUCGUUGUUGCGAUGACGGACUCUACGGUGACUUAUGAGAUUGGUAGUGUUAAAAAUUUUCUCCCACUUUGAAUGUUUGCUAAUUUGUUGCAAAUUGCAAUCCUACAGUCGCUCUCAGAAAGUGUGAAAAGCUUCCAAAACGACCACACAGUUUUCAGUGCCGAUGUUAACACAUCAUACUGGUAUGGACAUUCACGGAUUUAUGAGGUCAUAGGAGCGACCAGGCACGCUGUGUUUAUUCCACAUUUUAUCAGUAAAAAUGUCCAACUAUUUUGAGUAUUUUCCCAGUGGCAAGACGUAAGGACACUAUGGGAUUUAGGAAUACAUACUUUAGGCUUAACUAUCCAAUAGGAUGUGAACACUUACAUGUUACAUAGAGAGUGACAGCAAUUCUAGCCAUUCAUGGGUGUGCUGUUAGAAUGGGUGAUGCAAGAAGAGAGAGAUAUAUGGGGAUGCUGUGGGAGACAUCUUCAGACUUGGGGGGGACAAUUGCUCAUGUUACUCUGUUAGCCUUUGUGUAUUUUCUCACUUUCUGGU